AUGACGGUGACUGGUAUGAAGAAGAUGGAUCGUUGGAGUUCUGGAGACGCGACGGCGACGGCGAUGGUGAUGGCGAGUGGUGAUGGAACGAGGGCACCACGUCGCGCAUCGUUGUGGCUCCGUGCUGGCUUUCUCCUCCUCGGCAUCGGCCUGCUGUAUCCAUGGAAUGCGGUGGUCAACUCGGCAGGGUACUUUCGAGCCAAGUUUGCCGACGAGGACGUAGCGUUUAAGCUGUCUGUGGCGUUUAUGGUGCCGAAUCUUGUGGCGCUUGGCGGGAUGGUGUUUGGAUCGGCGUAUGUGAAGCUCUCUGUUAGGUUGCUUGUCGGCUUUGGGGCAUAUGUGGUGCUGGUGGCGAUUCUUCCACUGCUGCCUGCGCUGUGGAUGGUGCUCGCCGACGUGGCAGUGCUCGGGCUGCUGGAUGCUGUUGUCCAGGGCUCGGUCUUUGCGCUUGGGGCGAUGACGGGCCCAGAGUUGAUGGAGGCGGUGAUGUCUGGGGUCGGGCUUGCAGGGCUUGUGGUGACGAUGCUGUACAUGGUGGCGCUGUGGAUUGCAAGUGCGAUGGGGACCGACGCCGAGUCGCUGGCGGCGAGCCUGUUUUUCUCGACGUCCGCCAUGGUGCUGGCAGCAUGCGUGGCGGUGACCGGGCGGGCGACGCGACGUGCGGCGGCGCUGCGGCUGGCCAACUCGGGCGGAUCGGCGCCGGUGGCCGGACACGGUGGGCUGAGUGCGAUGCCGGCAUGGCCGGUGGUGGUGCGGGUGGCAGGGGCAAUCCGCAAGCAUGCCGCGCUUGUGUUUGUCAACUUUGCGCUGACGCUGGCGAUGUUUCCGGGCGUGGCGCUGCUGAUCAAGUCUGAGCACGCCGGACUCAACGCAUGCCCGGUGGCGCCGGCAGAAUGUCCGGCGGGCCAGGGUACGUCUGCGGUUCCGAUCGGAGUCUGGCUCGUCUUUACGUUUAUGGUCGGCGACUUUGUGGGCCGGUCGCUGCCGGGGUGGAUGGAGGCGAGUCUGCCGGACGAGCUGCUGGGCGGAGCGAUCGCGAGCCGGGCUAUAUUUGUGCCGCUGUUUGUUCUCCAGGUAGCGCCGCGGGUCAUUGCGUCCGAUGGGGUGGCGUUUUGCGUCAUGGCCGUGUUUGCGGUGAGCAACGGGUACUGCGGCUCGCUGUGCAUGAUCCGCGGACCGGAGGCGGCGCGGACGAACGCCGACAAGGAGCUGGCCGGCAUGAUCAUGGUGGCGUCGCUGACGUCGGGUCUCACACUGGGGGUGGUGAGCGGACUGGUCAUUGCGCAGUUUAUGUGA